AUAACGGGUAGAGACCUCCAGCGCCCCGCACGUUGCGCCUCCUGAAACCUUGAUCUUGAAUCGAUUCUGCUGAGAUAUAACCGCGACCUCAAAUCUUCAGUUCUGCUGAAAAAAGGAAAAAGCGCAAUGUAAGAACAAAUGGAAAUGCGACAGAACCUGAUUUUGAGAAUUGUAUAGAACCGCACCAAAAUUACUGGAGUGUGAUCGAAAGGGAACCCAUUUGGUUCCGUACCGAGCACAAGAAAAGAAAGCCUCACUUUUCCCUGUAACGCAAGUAUUGCAUCAGAUUUAUGAUGGCGUCGAAACUGAAUCAACUGCGUGGAAGGACCGUGGAAGUUUCAAGCAUCAUGGCCAAGAAUGGAGGCGCUUACUACAAGCAGUUGAUGGAGAAGAACAAGCAAUACAUUCAGGAUCCACCUUCUGUGGAGACUUGCCAACUUUUGGCAAACCAGCUAUUUUAUACUCGCGUCGCCAGUAUCCCUGGACGUUACAAAUCCUUCUGGAAGGAACUUGAUUCUGUGAAGCAGCUGCUGAAGCAUCGGAAUGAGCUGAACAUUGAGAAUGCUGGCGUUGCCGCACUAUUUGGGAUAGAAUGCUUUGCCUGGUUUUGUGCUGGAGAGAUUGUUGGAAGAGGAUUUACUCUAACUGGUUAUCACGUCUAGGGUAUGAGUAACAGAGAAGAACUUCUUACUGUUUUUGCUACAAGGAACUGUGUUUGUAAAUUCUUGGAGUUUUCCUGGGGAGGAGUAUUCAGCACACUGUCUGACCUCUUCUGUUUAUCGUUUAGCAUUCCAAGUGAACAUGAAACUUUAGGGAUAUUGCUUUAGCCUGAAUCAAGGAAAAUGUUUUUCCCUCUCUUUGAGAUGCAAGAAGAUGAGUAGAAAUUUCAAAUAAAACUCAACAGUUCAUAAC